AUGAGUUCUCAAAAUAAUAAUAAACAGGGUGGACAAGAUAUUAAUAAUAAAAAAGACAGUGAUGACAUAAAACCUUCUGUAAGCAAAGAAGAUUUAAUAAAUUCAUUAAAAAAUGAUGAAUUAAAUAAAAAUACAACGAUGGAUCAAAACGACAUGAAAAAAAAUGAAAAUAUGAAUAUUAAGAAAAAUGAAGUUUUAAAUAAUUCCAAUAAUGUAGAAGACGGAGAUAAUGAAAAUUCGAAAUUUAUGAAUAAAAGUAAAGAAGGAUUGAAUAAUAUAAAUGGAGAAAAGAAUGAUGACAAUAAUUCUAUUGUAAAAGUAGAAGAAUCACCUAAAUCUAUAGGAUAUAAUUAUUAUGCAUCUGAAAGUAUUGAAAAUUUAUGUAAAGAAUUUGGUUUAGAAAGUAUAAAUACUGGUUUAAAUUCUGAACAAGUAAAAAUAAAUAGAGACAAAUAUGGAGAAAACUUUAUUGAAAAAGAUGAAGUGGUACCUGUAUGGUUAAUAUUUUUAUCACAAUAUUGUAGUCCUGUUGUUUUGUUAUUGUUAGUUGCUGCUGUAGCUAGUCUUGCAUUAAAUGAAGUUGUUGAAGGAGUCGCUAUUAUAAGUAUAGUUACCUUGAAUGCUUGCUUAGCAACCUAUAUGGAAAAAUCAUCAGGUGAUGCUAUAGGCAAAUUAGCUGAAAUGGCUUCACCACAAUGUACUGUGUUAAGAAAUGGUCAGAAGGUAGUUAUACCGUCUCGAGAAGUUGUUGUUGGUGAUGUUGUUCUUAUUAAUACUGGUGAUUCUAUUUCAGCUGAUUUGAGAUUAUUUGAUGUUAUUGAACUUAAAACGAAUGAAAGUUUAUUAACAGGAGAAUCAGAAGAUAUUAAAAAAACCAUUGUAGCAGAUAAUUUGUCUACACCUUUUGCAACGAAUUUAUGUUUUGCUACCACAUCUGUAACUAGCGGUUCUGGUAAAGGUAUUGUUAUAUCCACAGGUUUAGAUACACAAGUAGGAAAAAUUGCAUCCCAAUUAAAAAAAAGCAGUAAAGGAAGUAAAUUAACACCUCUUCAAGUAGCAUUAAAUAAAUUAGGUGGUUUAAUUGGUUUAAUAGCUAUUAUUGUAUUAGUUGUUAUUAUCAGCUUAGCUGUUAUUAUUAAAUAUAGAGAUCCAGCACAUGCAGAUAAAGAUCCAACCUUUGUUAUUAUUAUUAUUGGUGUAGGUUUUGCUGUAUCUUCCAUUCCAGAAGGUUUACCUAUGGUUGUUACUAUCACCUUAUCAGCAGGAGCUAAAGAUAUGGUUAAAAAAAAUGCAAAUGUAAGAAAACUACCAGCUGUUGAAACUUUAGGAUGCUGUUCAGUCAUAUGUUCUGAUAAAACCGGUACAUUAACUGAAGGAAAAAUGACAGCAAUUAAUGCAGUUACCAUUUGUAAAAAUUCUUCCUUAAGUGAUGAAAAUAACAAAUUAACGAAAACAUUUGAUUUUUAUCCAACAAAAGGUUUUGAACCAUGUGGUGGUUUAUUUGAUUCUAAUGAAUUAACUAGCGAAAAAAAGAAAGAGAUUGUGAUAGCAAAGAAUCAAAACACAUCAUAUGAUAAAGUUUUGUAUAAUUAUGGUAAUCCUUCAAACAAAUCUGUUAUUGUAGACAAAACGAGGUCAUUAAUGUUUGCUGCUUAUUUAAAUUCAUAUGAUACUACAUUAUCAAGAGAUCCCAAAACUUUAAAAUGGGGAAUACAUGGUAAUAUGAGUGAAGGACCAAUUGUUGUUGCUGCUGCUAAAGUAGGAUAUAGUUUUAUUAAUAAUCCAAAUCACAAAUCUUAUUUGGAUAAUUUUCAAAGAUUAGAUGAUUUAGAAGUUACAUUUAAUUCAUCAAGAAAAAUGAAAAUCACUUUUUAUAAAUUAAAAACAGUAAAUGUUUUCGAGAAUGUAUAUUUAGAUAAACCUGGUAAAGUAUAUACACAUGUUGCUUUGAUCAAAGGUGCACCUGAUAGAUUACUUGAUAGAAGUACCCAUUUAUUAGAAGAAACAUCUAUGAAAAAAGUACAAGUUUCAUGGAAUAGUACAAUAACACAAGAAGAAAGAAAUGUAUUAAUAAAAAAGAAUUUGGAAUUAUCACAAAAAGCUUUAAGAGUUUUAUCCAUAUGUAUUAAGCCACUAACGGAUCAAAAUAUUGAAGAAUUGAAAAAAUUAGAAGAUGCAGAUGAAAGAUUAAAAUAUGUUAAUUAUGAUGAAAAUGGUGGUUUUAUACCUAUGGGUUAUGUUGCAUCAUUUGAUCCCCCAAGACCUGGAGUAAAAGAAGCUAUACAAACAUGUAGAGAAGCACAAGUUAAAGUUAUUAUGAUUACAGGGGAUCAAAAACCUACUGCGGUUGCUAUUGGAAAAUUAAUAGGUUUGAUAGAAGAGAAAUCUGAACAAGUAGAAGAUAUUAAUUCUUUAGCUAUAGAAUGUUCAGAAUUACAUAUUAAUAAAAAUCCAAAUGAACCAAUUUUACCAAAUGAUCAAUUAGAUGAAUUUACUGAUAAAAUUUUAAUAUAUUCAAGAGCACAACCGGAAGAUAAAAUAACAAUUGUUCAAUCUUUAAAGAGAAAAGGAUAUUUAGUUGCUAUGACAGGAGAUGGAGUUAAUGAUGCACCUGCAUUGAAGGCUGCAGAUAUAGGUGUUGCUAUGGGUAUUAAUGGAACAGAAGUAGCUAAAGGAGCAUCUGAAAUGAUUUUAAUUGAUGACAACUUUUGUACAGUUGUUAGUGCAAUAGAUGUAGGAAGAACUAUUUUCUCAAAUAUUCAAAAAUUUGUAUGUUUCUUGCUUGGAACAAAUAUUGGUGAAAUAAUUUACUUAUCUGUUGCUAUUGUUGCACAAAUGCCUUUUCCAUUAGAAGCCUUACAAAUAUUGUUUUUGAAUUUAAUGACAGAUGGAUGUCCAGCUGUUGCCUUAUCAAGAGAACCACCAAAUGAUGAUAAUAUGAAAACUCCACCUAGACCUAAAAAGCAACCAAUUAUGACGAAACGUUGGUGGUUUUAUGGAAUUUUACCACAUACCAUUUUUGAAGCAUUAUGUGUCUUGUUAUCAUUGGCUUUUUCAUUGUAUAUAUGUACAGGUUUUUAUAACUUGAAUGGCAUUCACAAUUUGUGUAAAACUGUUAAUUUGGUAGAUGUAAAUGAUGCAAAUGUAUACCAUGAGUAUAAAUAUUUCUGUAGUAGUUAUGAAUAUAGGAUAUCUACCGAUUAUGUUGGAUGGGUAACGAAUGUUAGUUUUUGGGAUCCACAAAAUAAUGAAGCAGUUAACUUUUGGGGAGCAGCUAAAGGAAAAGUAGAAAACAUUAAUCCAUUAUCUGAUAUUGUCCACCCAGAAUUAAGAUUAAGAAUGCAAGAUGGUUGUAGUGGUGAUUUAACACUUGAUGAAAAUGGAUGGUGUAGGCCAAAGGAUAAUAAAACGUCUGAUGGAUACAAUGAUGAACUUGAGGGAAUAUUAAAAAAAGGUUUUGAAGAUGUCACGGCAAAAGGUUCAAAACGUGGUAGAACAAUGGCAUUUAUAUCAGCUGUUUGGUGUGAAAUGCUUAGAGCUUAUACAGUAAGAAGUUGGGAACCUUUCUAUAAAGUAUUUAAUAGAAACAUGUGGAUGCAUUUAGCAUGUAGUAUAUCUGCAACUUUAACAUUUCUUUCAACAUGUAUACCUGGUAUUACUUCUAUUUUGAAUACAACAUGUUUGUUAUGGUGGCAAUAUUUAUUAGCUAUAUUUUGGGCUCUUUUAAAUUUAUUCUUAGAUGAAAUAGUACCAAAGGUUAUAUAUAGAAGAAAAUAUAUGACUAUUAAGAAUUAA